GGCGCCGGUCCGACCCGUGCACCCAGCAAGACCUCUGCACCGGGCCUCUGCACCGGGCCGAGACCUCCAGUCGGCGACCUGCCGUGCCCUGGGCUGGUGGGGUGCGCUGCCUGGCUGACCGUCUGCUCUUGGCGUGACCGCCAUGACACAGGAAGGUGUCACGUGUCUGACGCUGCUGCUGCUGUUGUCUGUAUCGCUUUCAUUCGCCCGGGGUGAGAUCAACUGCUACAAGUGCUCGUCCCGAAACGGUACGAACCCGGCCUGCCACGACCCAUUCUCCCCGGCCAUGUCCACGUACGUGCGCGCCUGCAAGGUGCCGAAGCAGAAGCACGUGGGCGAGUUCCCAGCCAACUUCUGCGUAAAGCUGACCGGCACGUCAACGCGGACCGGGGAGGUCCUCGUCAUUCGCAACUGCGUGCUGAAGAACAUGGAGUCGCAGUGUGGGGCUUUCAAGUUCGCCAACGAGACUCUCCAUGGCUGUGUGCUGACCUGCAACUACGAUGGCUGCAACGGCGCCACCUCACGGACCGUUUGCGCACUUACGCUUCUGCUUACGCUCGCCGCAGCGCUCUGGGGCGUCGGGUGAAGUCCGGAUAAUCUGACCGUGCGUGUGUUGCUUUGGUUCGUCAUUUGGAGCCCGCUGGCCGACUGCGGUGGCCUGUGUAUGGGGUCUGCUGACGGGGCUCGCAUGCCCAUGCUCUAGCACGUGCGGUACGAGCAUCUUUUGCUGCCGCCCAGCACGCUCCGGUAUUUUUAGACGGACUCGCGUGAAAUAACAAGCGUGGACGUACUGUCAGUAGGCAGUAGGCACCAGCUGAACGUCUUAGUAGACGCUUAAUUUUGUUAAAGAUUUCCCUUAACA